AUGGCUACUACUCAUUACCCACUACUUUACGAUCGUCAACCUGCUAUUUUUAUACUUUGUAAAAUGGAUACAUUAAUUCCUAACAAUUCUGUACACAUUAACGGUGGUAAAGAUUUGGAAAUUAUUACAGGUAUUCCUUAUAAGAUAAUAAACGAAGGUCAUUAUUUAGAUAAUGGGGGUGCAGAUUAUGGCUCAUAUGUUACUUUAUGUGGGCAUAAUUAUGACCAAAAUGAUUCCAAGUAUUCAAGGCAAAUAUGGUAUAUUGAAGAAUCGACAAAUCUUGGUGAAUAUAGAAUUUCCAGCAAUGGAAAAUAUUUAGAUACUUUUGGAGGGGAACAUGAAUUUGCAUGUCGUAUGAGUUAUGAAAACCAUUGUGAUAGUCCUUAUUAUUCAAGGCAGUUAUGGUUGUGGAAAUUUGAAAUUGCUGAUUAUCAACUCAAAGCUGAGAUUGAAAAUUUUAAAUACGACGAACAAAUUAAUGAUUUAGAAUCAUAUGUAACUAAAGUUUCUUCUAGUAUUUUCACUUCAAGAAAUCAAUCACUUGGCAGUAAUAAGUUAGGAAUUACCCUAUCUGAAAAAAUGCAAAAUAUCACAUCUUGGUCUUUUAACAAAAGUAAGGAGAUAGCUUUUUUAGAUAAACUUAAUGUUGAUAUUAAGGCAGAAUAUGCAGGAGUUAAAGGAAAUUUACCUGAAAUUAUCAAUUGGGAUAAUAAAACCAUUUCUUUAGAAACUACCAAAAAAGUUAAAUUAGAUGAAACUAAUGUUUCUGGAAAAUAUUCUGUGGAAAUUCAAAAAAAGGAUGAUGUUGAAGUUAAAAUAAUUUGGCACAAGGUUAAUUUAGAUGUUCAAUUUACCGCAACUGCAAAAAUUAUGGGAUUUUCUGAUCGUCUAAGGAAAAACGGAUCUGUGGCCAAGAUGGAACAAGUAGAUGCCAAUGCUACAUUAAGUUUCUUAAGAAAUUCCGGUUUCGAUGGAACAAUUAUUGGCACAGAGGGAAAAAAUGUUUUAGUUGAAAUUACUGGUAAUGUUAAUAUUCAAGGUGCCUUAAAAUAUGAAAUAGAAAAGUCCAAUGUUAUUCUUCCCAGUUUAAAUCCUGCAGGUGAUGACCAAAUAGUUGAUGACCACGUGCUUGUCUAA